UUUUUAAGAUGGCGGCAGAGGCGAGAGCUUAGUGGGAGCAGCGGCUUCUGUGGGGCCCUCUCACUUGGCUGUGCCAGCCUCAGCAUUUCCGGUUGUCACAUUUCAAUCAGUGGAACGGUGAAAGAAAUAAACAGUCAAAAUGGGGCGGAGGUCAACAUCUUCCACCAAGAGUGGGAAGUUUAUGAAUCCCACCGAUCAAGCUCGCAAGGAGGCCCGUAAAAGGGAGCUGAAGAAGAACAAGAAGCAACGCAUGAUGGUGCGAGCAGCUGUGCUAAAAAUGAAGGAUCCCAAGCAAAUCAUUCGGGACAUGGAAAAACUUGAUGAAAUGGAGUUUAACCCAGUACAGCAACCCCAACUAAAUGAGAAGGUGUUGAAGGACAAGCGUAAGAAACUGCGUGAGACUUUUGAGCGUAUUCUGCGGCUCUAUGAGAAGGAGAAUCCAGACAUCUACAAGGAGUUGCGUAAACUAGAAGUGGAAUAUGAGCAGAAGAGAUCUCAGCUCAGUCAGUACUUUGAUGCUGUCAAGAAUGCCCAGCAUGUUGAGGUGGAGAGUAUCCCCCUGCCAGAUAUGCCUCAUGCUCCCUCCAACAUCCUCAUUCAGGACAUCCCUUUGCCUGGAGCACAGCCACCCUCUAUUCUCAAGAAAACCUCAGCCUAUGGCCCUCCUGUUCGGCCUGUUUCUGUUCUUCCACCUCCUGGGCAUGGUGUCCCUCGCUUACCCCCUGGCAGGAAGCCACCUGGACCUCCACCGGGGCCACCACCACCCCAAGUCUUGCAGAUGUAUAGUCGUAAAGUAGGAUUCACUCUAGAAAUGGCCCCUCGCAGGAGAGAGGAGGAGGUGUCCUACAGUCCAGAGACAGGUCCCCGGGGACAUGAUGACGAGGCUUCCAGCACCAGCGAAGAUGAGGGAUAUCCUGAGGACAUGGAUCAAGACAAGCAUGAUGACUCUACUGAUGACAGUGACAGUGACAGGACUGAUGUAGACAGUGAAGGGGAGGAGUUAAUGCAUCAUGAUGACAAUGCUGAGAGGGAAGGUGGGGAAGAUAAGAAAUCAGGUCAUAGUGUACGGUUUGCUGACAUGCCUGGAAAAUCACGGAAGAAGAAAAAGAACAUGAAGGAACUUACUCCACUUCAGGCCAUGAUGUUGCGAAUGGCUGGCCAGGAAAUUCCUGAGGGUGGCAAAGAGGUGGAAGAGUAUUCUGAAGAAGAUGAUGAUGACGAUGAUGAGGAUUCAGAUGCUGAAGAGACACCCCAGCAGCAAAGUACCGAAGAAUCCCACACGGAGACUGCAUCAUCAGCGCCCACCCAAGCUACCCAGCAACAGCAGCAGCCACCCCCUCAGCCUGUUCCUCCAGCUCAGAUCCAGGCGCCUCCCAUGCCAGGACCACCCCCUCUUGGACCACCUCCAGCACCACCCUUGAGGCCCCCGGGGCCCCCGACUGGCCUUCCUCCUGGUCCUCCUCCAGGGGCGCCUCCAUUCCUUAGGCCACCGGGAUUGCCUGGACUACGUGGUCCAUUACCACGACUUUUGCCACCAGGACCACCUCCUGGCCGACCCCCUGGCCCUCCACCGGGUCCACCUCCAGGUCUGCCUCCUGGCCCUCCGCCAAGGGGACCCCCACCUCGUUUACCACCUCCAGCUCCGCCAGGUAUCCCACCUCCUCGUCCAGGCAUGUUGCGUCCUCCUCUGGUUCCUCCACCUGGGAUAUUCCCACCAGCUCCCAUUCCAAAUCCUGGAGUACUGAGUGCUCCUCCCAGCUUGAUUCAGCGCCCUAAGGCAGACGAUACCAGUGCUGCCACCAUUGAGAAGAAAGCCACAGCAACUAUUAGUGCCAAGCCACAAAUUACAAACCCCAAGGCUGAGAUCACCCGUUUUGUGCCCACGGCCCUGCGAGUCCGCCGAGAGAACAAGGGGACUUCUGCCUCUGCUCAGAGGAAACCUGAUGACGAACCUUCUGUUCAGAUAACCAAAGCAACACCUAAAGCUGGCGCUUCUGCCCCUAUCUCUGUGCAGACCAAGGAUGAUGUGUAUGAAGCCUUCAUGAAGGAAAUGGAAGGGCUACUGUGACAAUCUGUUUCCAGUUUAACCUUGAUAUCUGCUGUACUGAGAUCAGAUACUCUGUUAGUGUCGGGGGGUUCCAUGUUAUAGUGGCAUCCAGUGGAGCAGCUCUUCCUUUCGUGACAAAGAAUAGUCCCUCCAUCCCAGUUGUGUUCCAAGUUGGGACAGAGACCAGUCGAGAUAGUGCCAGAGGGGUAAAAUCACCCGCUGCCUCUUAAUGAAAGACUAAAUUUAGGAGCGUGCACUCUCCUAGGUUGUGGUCUGUCAUUUUGAGAAGUGUCAGUGAUUCCAUGGAGAACCUGUUGUCUCUUGAAUAUUUUAUGGUUAAAGGGGAAUAAAUUUGAGGAACCACAACGUGUUGGUGAAGUAUCUCCUGCACAUAUACCUGAUCAUCAGGGUUGUAUGUUCUGUUUUGUUGGCUUUCUGUAAAUAUUUUUGUAAUGCGGUUUUAGUUGAGUGAGAUAAAUUGGUUAUAUGCUGUCUUAGAGAUGGGCAGGCUAUCAUUUGCAGAUAUGGUAUGCAGGAAUCGUGCACCCUGUAUGUCCUGUAGUCACCUUGGUGGCUUCUUGCUGACAAGUGGAAUAUCACUUGUCUCAUGAAAGAGAAUAAAUAUUUGAUGUA